ACGUGAUCUGACUGUCAACUAGCCACUUAUGCAAUCUAAAGAAAUUUGUAGUGACAAAAGUAGGUAAUAUGGAAGCAAGCAAGGACAAUGAAUCAAACAAUGUGUGUGAAAACUCUGAAAGUUUUAAAGAAAAAAUUCCAACCUUCCUGUCACAAAGAUGGAUUUUGGCAUACCUCUUUUUGACGGGGUAUUUCAAUGUAUAUGCGUUGAGAGUAAACAUCAGUGUUGCACUUGUUUGUAUGGUGAGGACCCCUUUCGAUAAUUCCACUUUAAUGAACUCAUCACAGAGCAAUAUCACGACUGACGAUACAUGUGGUGUUCUAGAUGUCACGAGCCCUAAAGCUCAAGAGCGAGGAGAAUUUGAUUGGGAUAAGAACACAAGAUCAGCAAUACUAUCUUCAUUCUUUUACGGAUACAUUUUUACACAAAUACCAGGAGGAUGGUUAGCUGAUAGAUUUGGUGGAAAGCGUAUUUAUGGCACCGCCAUGGCUAUAUCUGGGGUAGCAACACUUUUAACGCCAGUGUUUGCAAGAACGUCUGUCUAUUUGGUGUACGUACUUCGUGUUGUUUUGGGAGUAGCUACGGGUGUUGUGUUUCCUGUUGGCCAUUCAAUGUGGGGAAGAUGGGCUCCUCCUUUAGAACGUAGCAAACUUAUUGCAACGUCCUACGUAGGAGCAACGGCUGGAAUAAUUGGUACAUUUGCAGCAUCAGGACUUCUUUGUGAAUAUGGUUUCGACAAUGGAUGGGGUUCAAUAUUUUAUAUCACUGGUGGGAUGAGUUGUAUUUGGACUGUUGUUUGGUUUUACCAAGCCAGAGAUUCCCCUUCAGAACAUCCGAGGAUAUCUAAAGCAGAGUUACGAUAUCUAACGAAUGCUAUAGAGUUUGACACAUCCAGAAAGGUAUCAGACAUACCAUGGAAAAAGAUGGGAACCUCAGUUGUUUUAUGGGUAGGAAUAUGUACCCAUAUGUGUAACAACUGGGGCUGGUAUACACUUCUUACAAAUCUACCUGCUUUCAUGAAGUCAGUUCUGAAAUUUGAUAUAAAAAGUAAUGGAGGUCUGUCAUCUUUACCAUACAUUUGUCAGGCUAUCAUGUCAAUAGGAGCUGGACAUUUGGCCGACUUUCUGAGAAGAAAGAAAAUAUUGACAACAAGACAAACCAGAAGAUUGUUUCAGACUAUUUCUUUUUCCGGAGCUGGAAUUUUUCUUGUUACCACUGGUUUCGUGCCUUGCGAGAAAAAGUACUUAGGAGUUCUGUUUCUUUGCCUGGCAGUUACGCUUAGUGGGUUUACCAGAGCCGGAUAUUCUGUUAGUCAUAUUGAUGUUGCCCCAAAAUACAGUGGAAUAAUGUUGGGUAUAUGUAAUACCAUGGCAACAAUUCCUGGAAUGGUAGCUCCAUUAGUAGCUGGUGCUUUGACUCCAAAUGACACUCAAGAAGAAUGGCGAAAUGUAUUUUAUGUGUGUGCAGUCUUUUACCUUAUUGGUAUUAUUGUAUUUGGAGGUUUUGCAAGAGGAGAAGUACAGUCAUGGGCAAAAGAUAAAGUUAUUGAACUAGAUAGCAUUGAUAUAAAAGAACCUUUGACAUCUGAAUCAACGCAUAAGAUUCAAUAA